AUAACUACACAGAUUCUGGCAACCAAUAAUGGUCUGUUUCUCAUUAUUCAAACUAUUUAACUGCUUCAUUUAAAUGAUCGUUGGCAUACAUUUACAGUGUCACUAGAAUAACUUCAAAAAUGACAUUUCAUCUUUCAGCUUCCAGUGAGCUUUUAAUGGAAGGAGAUCUUGUUGUGCCAAGAACCAGGAAUGCUCUGGCUUGCUGGAACAACAACUGCUUAUGGAAGAAGUCUUCUAAUGGGAAAGUUGAGGUCCCCUACACAGUCAACUCUCAGUUUUCAUCCGCUGCUAAGAGGAAAAUUCAAAAUGCCAUGGCAACCUUCAACAGAAAAACCUGUGUUCAGUUUGUUGCUCGCUCGACUCAGAGGGACUACAUCAGCAUUGAGAACAGAGAUGGGUGCUUCUCCAGCCUUGGGAGGACAGGAGGCAAACAGGUGGUCUCCCUCCAAAAGAACGGUUGUGUUUACCACGGCAUCAUCCAGCAUGAACUCAACCAUGCUCUGGGCUUCUACCAUGAGCAAACCAGGAGUGACAGAGACCAGUAUGUGAAAAUCAACUGGAAUUACAUCAACCCACGAAUGACUCACAACUUCAAGAAACAACGCACCAACAACCUGAACACUCCAUAUGACUACUCUUCUGUGAUGCAUUAUGGGAGAACUGCUUUCACAGUCCAGAAUGGAAGGGAGACAAUCACUCCAAUUCCAAACCGAAGUGUGAAAAUUGGACAGAGACAGGGACUGUCCACCACUGACAUCCUGAGGAUCAACAAACUCUAUGGAUGCUGUGAGUAUGACCUCCUGCAUCCUAUGGUGAAACAUCGUAUAUCUUUGAGAUUGCUGAAAUGAUGAGUACUGCAAUCCAAUUCUGACAAUCUUCUCCUCUUCCAAACAGAACCAAACCCAAACUGAUGCUGUCCCAGUCUGGAACCACCACAUCACGUCUUGAUCACAGAACACAAUGUGACAGAUGAAUAUGUACUGUAGAUGUCUUGUGAGCAUCACUACUGUCAUAUUGAUAUUACUGGAAAAUAAAAUGACUGAAAAUAA